AUGAUGCGAAAUAUACUUCUCAAACUAUGGUGUAUUGUUGCACUUUUGUCAACAUAUCAUAUAAUAAGUUAUGGAGAAGCUAUGUUAGAAGAAGAUAUGUGUAAUGAACAUUCAUGUUAUCCAGCAACAGGAAAUUUAUUAAUUGGUAGAAAACACCAAUUAUCAGCAACAUCAACAUGUGGUUUACAUAAAAGAGAACGUUUUUGUAUUGUUUCAAAUCUCGAUGGUAAUACUAGUUGUUAUUAUUGUGAUUCACGUAAAGAAUGGAAACCAUAUCCAGAUUCAUCUAGAUUAUCUCAUAGAAUAGAUAAUAUUGUUACAGAAAAUGGAUUAGAAAGAACAAGAAAUUGGUGGCAAUCUGAAAAUGGUGUACAAAAUGUAUCAAUUAGACUUGAUCUUGAAGCUGAAUUUCAUUUUACUCAUCUUAUAAUGACUUUUAAAACAUUUAGACCAGCUGCAAUGUUUAUUGAGAGAUCUGCUGAUUUUGGAAGAACAUGGUCUAUAUAUAGAUAUUUUGCUUAUGAUUGCUCAACUUCAUUUCCUGGUAUUAAAGAAGAAAGACCUAAAAAUCAUGGAGAUAUUAUUUGUACUUCUGCAUAUAGUGCUGUUUCACCAUCUAGUGGUGGUGAAUUAGUAUAUAAAGUAAUUUCUCCACAAAUAAGAACUGGCAAUCCAUAUGCUGAUGAAGUAGCUAAUCUUUUAAAAAUUACAAAUUUACGUAUAAAUUUUACCAAACUUCAUACACUUGGUGAUGAUUUAUUAGAUUAUAGACCAGAAAUUCAUGAAAAAUAUUAUUAUGCAUUGUAUGAAUUAGUUGUUCGUGGUUCAUGUUCAUGUUAUGGACAUGCUCAACGUUGUAUCCCAAUUGAAGGUGGUGUUCAAAUUGCUUAUGAUAAUCCAGAUAUGGUACAUGGUAGAUGUGAAUGUACACAUAAUACAAAAGGAUUAAAUUGUGAAAAAUGUGAAGAUUUUUAUAAUGAUUUACCAUGGAGACCUGCAAUUGGUAAUCAAUCAAAUGAAUGUAAAAGAUGUGAAUGUAAUUCUCAUGCUAAUUCAUGCCAUUUUGAUAGAGCAGUUUAUCAAGAAUCUGGUUUUGUUUCUGGUGGUGUAUGUGAUAAUUGUCAACAUAAUACACAAGGAAAAAAUUGUGAACAAUGUAAACCAUUUUUUUAUAGAGAUCCAAAUUUACCAAUGUAUGAUCCAUAUGUUUGCCGUCCAUGUAAUUGUAAUAAAGCUGGUUCACUUAAUAAUGGUAUUUGUGAAAGUGAACAAGAUGAAGAAAGAAAAUUAGUUGCAGGUAAAUGUUAUUGUAAAGAAAAUGUUGAAGGUCCAAGUUGUGAUAGAUGUAAAAAUGGUUUUUGGAAAUUAAAUGGUGAUGAUCCAUUAGGAUGUAGAGCUUGUACAUGUCAUACAUUAGGUACAAUAAAUAAUGAAGGUUGUGAUAAAAUUACUGGAGAAUGUACAUGUAAAAGACUUGUUACUGGUGAAAAUUGUGAUCAAUGUCUUCCGGAACAUUAUGGACUUUCUGAUAAUUCUGAUGGUUGUUCAGCAUGUGAUUGUGAUAUUGGAGGAUCUAUUGAUAAUCAAUGUGAUAUUUUAACUGGACAAUGUAAAUGUAGACCACAUUUUACUGGUAGAAGAUGUAAUAUUACUGAAUCAUCAUUCUUUUGUGCUCCAAUUGAUUUUUAUACUUUUGAAGCAGAAAAUGCUGAAUCUAUUGGUGUAAAAAGUGAAAAUGAACCAAGAUUACCAUCAAAACAUGAAACACAUCAAGAAUGGACUGGUACAGGAUAUACACGUGUUAGAGAAGGAACUACUCUUGAUUUUACUAUUGAUGGUAUUCAAAAAUCAAUGGAUUAUAAUGUUGUUAUACGUUAUGAAUCAGAACAUGAUAAUAUUGGAUGGGAAAAUGUACAAGUUUUUAUUAACAGACCAUCUAAACCAGAUCCAUAUUCUCCAUGUGCUAAUUCAAAUAUUGAAAAUGAUAUGCUUUUAGCUAGACUUCAUCCAAAUGGAAAGUAUGUUGAAUUAAGGCCAGCUGUAUGUCUUGAUGCAAAUGUAUCAUAUGAUGUAAAAGUAGUUUUUGGAGAGAAACGAACAAAUUAUCCAAAUCGUGGAGCUUCACUUUUAGUUGAUUCAAUUGUUUUUGUUCCACCAACAAAUGAAUUAGAUAUUUUCAAAGGUGAAGGUACAAGUGCUUAUCAUCGUGAAGAAUAUAAUCGUUAUCAAUGUAGAAAUUAUGCAUUAAAUCUUUAUCCAGCUGAUCGUAUUGGAGAAGUAUGUCAAAGAUAUAUUUGUCCAGUUGCUGCAACAUUUAUUGGACAAGGAUUACAAUGUGAUUGUGAUCCAACAGGAUCUGUUUCAGGAAUAUGUAAAGCUCAAGGUGGUCAAUGUGAAUGUAAACCAAAUGUUAUUGGUAGAAGAUGUGAUCAAUGUGCUGAAGGAACAUAUGGAUUUGGACCUUCUGGAUGUAAAGCAUGUGAUUGUGAUAAUACUGGUGCAUUACAUAAUUUCUGUGAUAAAGAAACAGGUCAAUGUCUUUGUACAGCUAAAGGAAUUACUGGAAGACAAUGUAAUCAAUGUUAUCCAGGAUUUUGGAAAUUCCCUGAUUGUCUUACAUGUGAAUGUAAUGAACAUGCUUCUGUUUGUGAUCAAAAGACUGGAGCAUGUAUUGAAUGUAGAGAGUUGACUGAUGGUCAUCAAUGUGAAAGAUGUCUUCCUGGUUACUUUGGUGAUCCAAGACUAUCAGUAAACAUUCCUUGUAAACCAUGUCGUUGUCCUGGUGGUCCAGGUUCUGGAUCUCAACAUGCAGAUUCAUGUUAUGUUCGUUCCUCUUUAGAUUAUGCUACACAAGAUAUUGUUUGUAAUUGUAAAUAUGGUUAUACAGGAAAACAUUGUGAUGAAUGUGAUGUUAAUUUUUGGGGUAAUCCAAGAGAACUUGGUGGAUCAUGUGAAAAAUGUGACUGUAAUGGUAACAUUGAUCCAAGUGUACCUGGUAAUUGUGAUUCAUUAACUGGAGAAUGUCUUAAAUGUUUAUAUAAUACAGAAGGAUCACAAUGUGAAUAUUGUAAAGAUGGAUUUUAUGGUGAUGCUAAAAUUCGUAGUUGUCAACAAUGUGUAUGUAAUAAAUUUGGAACUAAUUCAACUGCUGGUGAGUGUGAUCGUGUUUCUGGACAAUGCCCAUGUCUUCCAAAUGUUAUUGGUAAAGCUUGUGAUCAAUGUGAAGUUAAUCAUUACAAUUUACAAAGUGGUGAAGGAUGUUCAUUCUGUGAUUGUGAUCCUACUGGAGUUGUUAUGGGACAUGAUGGAACUCCACAUUUAGAAUGUAAUCCUGUUAAUGGACAUUGUUCAUGUAAACAAGGAAGGGGUGGACGUACUUGUUCAGAAUGUGAAGAUUAUUAUUGGGGUGAUCCAGUAAAUGGAGAAUGUGUUCGUUGUGAAUGUAAUCCAUAUGGUUCUGCAAGUAUGCAAUGUAACAGAGAUGAUGGAACAUGUGUUUGUAAAGCAGGUUCAGGUGGACCACAAUGUAAUGAAUGUGCUCGUGGAUAUACAGGUGUUUGGCCUAAUUGUAAAACAUGUGGAGAAUGUUUUCAAAAUUGGGAUAAUAUACUUCAAAAAUUAUCUAUGGAAAUGGAGGAACUUACUACAAAAGCAAAUAACAUUGAAGAUACAGGAAUUGCUUCUGUAUAUGAUACUGAAUUUAAUGAAAUGGAUGAAAAACUUGGUGAAAUUAAAAAACAAUUAGCAGCAUCCAAUAUGUCAGCAAUAGAUAUUGCAGUUCUCGAUGAUAAAAUAGUUUCAUUACGUGAAAAUAUUCUUAAAGCACAAAGUAGACAUAAUUUUGGUGCAGAUUUAGUUUCACAAACUGCUAAUAAAGUUUCUAUGGCUAAAUCACAAAUGAAAAUAUUAAAAGAAGAUGUUGAUCAAUUAACAGUAGAUGCUCAAGAGUUAUCUGAUAAAGCUACACAAUUAAGAGAAACAGAUAUUCUUGGUGCAUAUAAUGUAACUAAAGAAAGUGCUGAAAAAUCACAAAAAGCUAUAAAAAGUGUUGAAGAUGCAAUUAGUAAAUUUAGCGAAGCAGAAUCUAAAAGUCAUGAAGCUCAAACAUUAUUAGAAAAACACAAAGAUGAUUUUGAGAAACAAUUCGAAGAAAAUACAGUUGCUUUAGAAGGAAUUGAACAAGAAUAUCAUUCACUUAUUUCUGUUGCACCUAAAAUUAAUCAACAAGUUUGUGGUAAAGAAACAGCACCAUGUGAUGCAUUAUGUGGUGGUCCUAUAUCAUUAUGUGGAAGUUGUGGUGGUAAAUCAUGUCCAGAAGGAGCAGUUUCUUUGGCUUUACAAGCACAAGAAUUUUCUGAUGAUGCUUUUAAAACAUUAACAUUAAAACAGAAUGAUGCUGAAAGUAUGUUAGCAGAAAUUAGAAAAUUAAAACAAGAAUUUUCAAGUCCUUUAGCUGAUGCUGAUAAUGCUUUAACUAUUGCUAAUGUUGCUGCACAAGAAGUAACUGAAACUGUAAAAAAAAUUAAUAAAUUUUUAAAUGAAACAAAAGAAUUUAAUAAUAAUGUUAAUCGUACAAAACCAGAACAAAUUGAAGAGAUAAUUAAAAAAAUUGAUGAAAUGGAAAUUUCACAAACACCAAAUGAAAUAGAAGAAUUGGCAAAUCAAAUUCGAGAACAACUUUCAAAAAUUAAUAAUAUUGAUGAAAUAUUAGCUGAAACACGUGGUAAUAAAUCUACAGCAAUUGAUCUUAAAAGGAAAGCUGAUGCUGCAUCAAAGGCUGCUGAAGAAGCUAAAGCUAUUACAGAAACUAUUAAAAAAACAGUUGAUGCUACAAAUGAAAUUCAAGUAUUGGCAAAAAAGACUGUUGAAGAUGCUACAACUAAAUUAACUGAAGCAAAAGAAAAUUAUGAUAGUGCAUCUAAAGAAGCAGAAAAUAUAAAUGAACUUUUAGAAAAAAUAACUAAAGAAUAUAAUGAAUUAAGUAAACAAUGGACAGAUAUUCAAGUACAAUAUCUUCGUAGUGCAGAUUUGAGAAAAGUUGCAAAUGAAAAAGAAAGUAAUGCUAAUGAUAUAAUUCAAUGGUCUGCUAUAGCAGGUGAAAUUUUAAAAGAUAACAUUGCUGUAGCAAAAGAAAAAUUAGAGGAAAGAAAAUCUGGUACUGAAGUACCACAACAAAGAGCUGAAGAAUUACGAAAACGUGCUACAGAUCUACUUGCUAAACGAUUGGCACAAAAUAAUGAAAUAGAAAAUUUAUUAAAAGAUAUAGCAGUAGCUGAUGUAUCUUUAGAUGAUAUUAAUAAUAGCAUAGAUUUAGAAACAGUUAGAAUAGAAGAAGCAACAAACAAAAUAAAGAAUCUUGAGGAUUAUUACGCUACUUGUGAUAGUUAA